AUGUCAUCCGGUAGGCCUUCCGAUGGGCUCACAGAAUACAUCCUCAGAGGCACUGCUAUUAGCCAUAUGGUCGUGACGACAACUUUUGUGUGCGCACGGUUUCUGCUGCGUAGUGACAAGAAGAAGCGAGUCCAAUGGGACGAGCUAUGGCUACUUGUGGGAUAUGUGCUCUUCAUGGCCGUUACUGGUGUCUACCUCAGUAAGAUGAGUCUAUUAUUCCGGCUCUUAGCUGUUCAGGAAGGUCGCCUUGAGCCAUACCCAGGUGUUGCAGAAGAUGCAUUUGAUGCACAGGAGACUUUCUUCUUCACAAGCCCUGGUCUUUGGCUUACCCUCUGGUCUAUCAAGUUCUCGCUGUUAUCCUUCUACAAGAGGAUCAUGGUUGGAAUAAGGCUAUAUCUUGUUCUCUGGUGGAUAGUUCUUAGCUAUUGCGUAGCAAAGGAACAGUGA